CCCAGUCUGGGAUCAGCUGACCAGAGAGUGAGCUGGAAAUGGCGUCUUCCUUGCUUGGGGGCGAACGAUUGAUUCGCGCUUUGGGCCCUGGCGGAGAACUGGAACGGGAGCAGUUGCCCCGGAAGCUGCGUGCCCAGCUUGAGGCUACUCUGGGGAAGAAACACACGAGCAGUGAUGGCACCACGGGCCCCCGGCGCCUGAUUCCCUUCCGUCUGAUCCGAGAACUACAUCAACACCUGAGAGAAAGAAAUUCCAACCUGUACCUUCAUGAACUCCUAAAAGGCAGUGAAAUCUACCUCCAAGAGGUUGUGAAACCUCCUCGGAAUCCAGAGCUGGUUGCCCGACUAGAGAAGAUUAAGAUACAGCUAGCCAAUGAGGAAUAUAAGCGGAUCACUCGAAAUGUCACUUGUCAGGAUGCACAGCGUGGGGGGACUCUGAGUGACCUAGGAAAACAAGUGAGGUCGGUGAAGGCGCUGGUCAUUACCAUCUUCAACUUCAUCGUCACGGUGGCAGCUGCCUUUGUCUGCACUUACCUAGGAAGCCAGUAUAUCUUCACAGAAAUGGCCUCGAGAGUGCUGGCUGCAUUGAUCGUCGCCUCGGUGGUAGGUUUGGCAGAGCUGUACAUCAUGGUGAGGGUGAUGGAAGGCGAACUCGGGGAGCUGUAACUGGUGCUUCACAUCAAAGUCUGGAAGAAGUUUGGGGAGCCCCAGACUGUCCGUUGUCCAUCACUGACUCUCAGUCAAUCCACGAAGCUCUGUGUACUCAGCUCCAGUUAGUUAGAGGACCAGGUCAAGUUCUUCUUUGGGGAGCCAUAUCUGCUGUCAGUUUCCUUGGAGAGGAAUUAGAGAAGAUUCAGACAGCAGUGAUUCUUUAAAACUGAAAGAACUGCUCUCAAUAACUGCUCCUGAAUCCAGUGCUCAUUUGCCUUCUGUGGUUCAUUCUGAGUCUGCUGAGUCUGGGGUUUUCCCAUCAGAAGAACGAAUCCAGACCUUCUCCCCAAAUGGGCCAGACUGCCGUGAACUGGACCAAGUGCAUAAAUCAGUCACUAUCCUUCAUCCACAUAUCUUGGCAGAAGGCUUGUAACUGAGAGCAGAAGACCCUAAGGAAGCAGAAGGAAUGAACCUGAGAAGAACCAGUCAGAAAACAGGCAUCAGAUAAAAGUGGUUGAUACAGGAUGGUGGAGCUGGAAGCCAGGCAGCUAACUUUUUCUAGAAAAGAAAAUGGGAUCAGGCCAUUUUCCAGAAGUCAAAACAGGCUGAAAACCAGAUGAUCAGCUGUGAUCCUUCUGUUCAAUGGAGCCAAGGGUGUCCGCAUUGUCCUGUUGUCUGUGUUGUGUUGCACUUUUCAGAACGUAGAUAAGUUAGAGCAUCUGUGUUCAGAACUUAAGUUGGAGAAACUGUUUAAGACCCUUGAAAAAUGUUAUUUAUCUAAUAAAUAUUUCUUGUGUUCA